UUGUUUGUUUGUUUGUACCUAUAUGCCUUUGAACCUGAGGCUGAAUGACAAAUAUGUCUACCCCUAAACUCGGCACGUUAAGGAAAUUUGCAUUCAUCGUGUCAUUCUUUUUCAUCGGUUUCAUCGAGAUGGGAGUCGUCAAGAGUUUUGGCGUGCUCAUUGAGGAGGUCGUCUUCCAAAUUAAUUCUGACCUGGGGACGGUUGGAUUUAUCUUUGGGGUUUACAGCGGCCUAGCAUAUCUAUUUGGACCUUUUAUCUUACCGACGAUAAAGUACCUGAGUUUGAAACAAUCCUCUGCAAUUGGUAUGAUUGGCGGAAUUUGUCUGGCGGCUUCCUCUUUUACAUCAAAUAUAGCCCAGCUGGCAACCUGUUUUGUAAUCUCAGGCGUUGCCUUUUCAUUUGUUCUUGCCGCGGGGCUCAUUCAGUUCAACACUUUCAUUCCGCCUGAGGACUUCGCGUUAUUUUAUGGCAUUACAGAAACGGGAGCCCCAGUAGGAAUGAUCAUCUUACCUAUCCUGGCCGAAUUUUUAAAAGAGACCUAUGGGUGGAGAGGCUGCAUGCUCAUUCUAGGUGGAAUCUUGUUGUACGCACUGCCGUUACUGUUGGUGAUGGUAGGCAGAAAAGAAGAUCCAGAAGACACUUCUGAAAUGACACAUGUAGAUGAAAUGGACAAAGGUUCAAAUGAGAAUGAUGUAAAUCUGCAGGCCGAGCAAGGUACAACUAUUGAUCUACUAGAAGGUCCAAGUUAUCAAGAAAUGGAGGAACAAGUAUCAGGCUCCCAGCAGGCAAAGAAAGCUCAAAGUCAGGAUAUCGUCAGCGCAAUAACAAACGUAUGGCGAUCCGUUUCUGAUUUCUUUGGCCUUUCUCUAUUCACAGAAAUAUCGAGUUUAUUUACAUUUUGCCUGUUCCAUCUUUCUGGCGGACUGGUAAUUUCCGCAUGGGUAGUGUUCUUGAUACCACAUGGGGUUGCAAAGGGGUUUCCCCUAUCCCGAGCAGUUUUUCUGGCAUCCAUAGGAGGAAUAGGAAACAUUCUUGGUAGGUUAGGCCAAGGUCCAAUCAUCUACCAUAAAUGGCUAUUAUCUUCGAGCCUCACUUUCAUCUGUGCUUUCAUUAACGCGUGUGUACUCUUAAUAGAUCCAUUGAUAGAUAACUAUCUCGUUUUGGGAACUGCUACCUUCGUCAAUGGUCUCACUAUUGGUGCAAGGACAACGAUACUUACUAUUCUGGCUAAAGAGCUCCUUCCUGUUGACCGGUUUGCGACUGGAUAUGGUUUAGUAGCUUUGUUCUACGGCUUAGGGCAGCCCUUAGGAGGAUUGUUAGCAGGAUGGCUAUCAGGUACCUUCUCCUACAGCAUCGCUUUCAUGUUCCUUGGUGGAUUGGAAAUCAUAGGCACUAUCUUCUUGCUACCCACUCGAUACGCACUGAAGCAAAGAAGUGAUCGUGAGGAGUGAGGAGAAUUCAAAAUUCAUGGUGAACGAAAACAGUAUACAUUUUCAUUUGGUAAAAAGGAAAGUGGAAUAGCCAGGACUCGAUCGAUAUAUCACAAAGUAACAAUGUUAAAUUGAAAUAAGAUUAGACUCUCGUGAUAUUGUAGAUUUACACCAGGCCUGUUUUGGGAGGCGAAUUGAAAUAUAAGUUCAUAAAACAAAAUUAAACCAAGGGGUAAGUUCCUAGAAAUAUAGACAUAAAUGAUAAUAAAAAUUGACAAUCAUAAAUGAUGUUUUUUUAAUCAGCUUUAAAGUUCAGACAUUCCCUUAUAAUUUCAUUCUCUUUUUCAUCGUGCGCCUUUCCCUCGGUUUCUUGUUCAUUUGUUAUGAGCUAUAUAUGUUUCAUGUAUUGUUUCUUUAUCUAUUUAGUUAUUCUUAUUAUCAUCAUCACUACUACUACUACUACUACUACUACUACUACUACUU